AUGGCCUCGCCACUCAGAAUCGGCUAUGUGCCGGAGCACUUUUCCACGCCCCUCUAUUUCGCCAAAGAGCACUUCGGCCUCGAUGCCACCUUGAUUCCUUUCCCCUCCGGAACAGGACACAUGAUCACGGCCAUCCGCGGCGGCGAGAUCGACAUCGGCAUCGGUCUCACAGAGGGCUGGAUCGCAGGCCUCGGCAAGGAAGAUGCCCCUGGAGAUGGUGGCUACCGUCUCGUCGGCACAUAUGUCGACACGCCCCUCUGCUGGGCCAUCUCAACUGGAGCCAAGCGUCCCGAGAUCGCCUCAGUAGACUCCCUCAAGGGCGGCAAAAUCGGUGUCUCCCGCAUCGGCUCCGGCAGCCAGAUCAUGGGCUUCGUUCUCGCCGACCAGCAUGGGUGGCUCACCCCGUCCACCGCGCCCUUCUCAGACACGGUGAUCCUCAACAACUUUGAGAACCUUCGCAACGCCGUCAACUCGGGCGCCGCCGACUUCUUCAUGUGGGAGCACUUCACCUCCAAGCGCUACUACGACUCGGGCGAGAUCCGCCGUGUCGGCGAGAUCUACACGCCCUGGAGCAGCUGGAAGAUCGUCGCGUCGACGGCGCUGGCCAAGGAAGGGCAGAAGCUUGACGCGAGGAUCAAAGACCUGUUUGAAAAGCUUGACAAGGGCGUGAAGCACUUCAACGAGAACAAGGACGAGGCUGUCAAGUAUAUUAGCACGCACCUUGACUACUCUGAGAAGGACGCUAAAGAGUGGUUGAAGACGGUCAAGUUUACUGAUGGUGUUGAGGGUGUCAAGCCCGAGGUCGUGAACAACACGGUCGAUAUUUUGAGGAAGGCUGGGGUUUUGGUCGAGGGUAAGGGGAGACAGCCUGAAGCUAUGGUAGCCAAGGACUGA